AUGGCGACGGAGAUACCGGCACCAGACGGCCUAAAUUCCUCCGACCCACCAACUACGGCGGCGACAUUUCCAGACCCACCACCAAUCGAACAUCCUACCACCACUAACACAACCUCGGCUACCAACGCUGCCAAUAUCAACCCAGGCCCUAGCCUAGCCCCCAAACGCCAGCGCCGCCCCAGUGUCCGCCUAGGUGAGAUCGGUGGAGACCCAACUUACGACACCAACAACCACCACAUUCGCCGCCCCAACAAAACCUGGCGCUUCCACAAGGACCCAUCCCUCGCCGCCAAGACCUCCAAAACUCGGCCCCUCACAAACCUCGUCAAUGUUGCCGACUCAAAUUACCGGGAUGCUUUUGAGCACACUGAGAAUUAUGCUUCAGCAGGGGACUUCAUCCACAGAAAGCCCAAGAACAAGAAGCCUAUGAAGCGGGCUCGCACCAAUUGGAAUAAAUUCGACUCCAUCCUUAAUAAUGGAGUCGGUGGAAGCGGUGGUGGAGGAGUAGUCGACAGCGCAAACGCUUUUCAAGCAGAAAACGAGAAUAAUAAUGGAGAGAUUAGGGAUUUCGAACCUGAGGGCUCGGAUAGUCCUUUGUUAAAAGAGCCUAGCCCGGUUAAUUCUGUAGAGAAUAUGGGUUUGCAGUUUUGGGAUCGACAAAGAAGGGAGAGCAAUGGAAUAACUCAGAAUGAGGUCGAUUCGCAGGAUCAGCGUAAUGAAGCAAGCAAAGGGGUGAGGGAGUGGUUGAUUGGGCUGGGUUUAGGAAGAUACGCACCAGUUUUUGAGAUACAUGAGGUAGACAAUGAGGUCUUGCCGAUGUUAACUCUGGAGGAUCUCAAGGACAUGGGGAUCAAUGCUGUUGGUUCAAGGAGGAAAAUUUACUCUGCAAUUCUCAAGCUGCAAAAGGGUUUAUUGUGA